ACUUUUCCCCCCCAAAAAAAAAAAAAAAAAAAAGUCUGCUCCACUCCAAAGAGAUCACUCCCCUCGCCCCCUAUAAAUUAGGGCUACAAAUCGAGUCCAUCAAAUCUCACAAUUGAUCGAAGAAGAGAGGAGAAAUCAGACGAAAUCAAUGGCGGGCGGCGAACAAGUGCGGAGAAUCAAGCUGGGAAGUCAGGGCCUGGAAGUAUCGGCGCAGGGGCUGGGAUGUAUGGGGAUGUCCGCCUACUACGGCCCCACCAGGCCGGAGGAGGAGAUGGUGGCGCUCAUCCGCCGCGCCGUGGCCGCCGGCGUCACAUUCCUCGACACCUCCGACAUCUACGGCCCUUUCACCAACGAGAUCCUCGUCGGAAAGGCGCUCAAGGGGGACGGCGUCAGGGAGAAGGUCCAGUUGGCCACCAAAUUCGGGCUGAAACUGGAGGCCGGUAACUUCGAGGUGCACGGCGAUCCGGCCUACGUCAGGGCGGCGUGCGAGGCCAGCUUGGAGCGCCUCGGCGUUGAUUAUAUCGAUCUCUAUUAUCAGCACCGGAUCGACACCAAAAUUCCUAUUGAACUCACUAUUGGGGAGCUGAAGAAACUGGUAGAAGAAGGGAAAAUAAAAUACAUAGGUCUCUCCGAAGCUUCAGCCUCCACCAUUAGAAGAGCUCAUGCAGUUCAUCCAAUCACAGCCGUUCAAAUCGAAUGGUCUUUGUGGGCUAGAGAUGUAGAACAAGACAUAAUUCCUACUUGCAGGGAGCUGGGCAUUGGAAUUGUGGCAUACAGUCCUCUUGGCAGGGGCUUUCUAUCAUCUGGGGCCAGCUUCAUUGAAAACUUGACGGAAGAUGAUUACAGAAAGAAACUGCCACGUUUCCAAGCGGAAAAUUUGGAGCACAACAAGAGCAUAUUCGAGAAGGUGAGCGCAAUAGCAGCGAAAAAAGGAUGCAGCACAGCUCAAUUGGCUCUGGCAUGGGUUCACCAGCAAGGAAACGACGUCGUUAUGAUUCCUGGAACCACAAAGAUAUCGAAUCUGGAGUCAAACAUUGGAGCUUUAUCAGUGAAACUGAGUCCAGAAGAAAUGGGUGAACUUGAAGCGUAUGCUUUGGCUGAUGGAGUUAAGGGUGGUAGAUAUGGCGAUGACAUCACCACUUGGAACCAAUCUGAAACUCCCCCACUUUAAUUUCUUCCUCUAAAUAAUCAUUAUAUAUAUGUGUGUGUGUGUGGCAUUUUAGUUUUAUCAUGGGAUUUCUCUUGUUCUUGUUGAAAAGGAUCUUCUUCCCUUCCAUGAAUCGGAUAAGAUGUUUACGAGUCUUGUGAGGUGUGUUUUACAACAAAGGAUAUAUACGUGUAAUUUCAGUUUUCUCUCUC